AUGAGAGUCGAACGAAGUUCCGCGCAUACGUCAUCAUCGUCGUCAUCAUGUUUCUCUCGAUUCUGGUCGUCAGCGUUGAGGUCCAAACCGAUAUCUCCGGUAUCGGAGACGUCGGUACGUACCAAUUCCGGCGAGGGGCUAGUCCGGCGUUUAAGUCUCUUCGAUCUCCUUCUUCUGGGGAUUGGAGCCUCCAUUGGCGCUGGAAUAUUCGUCGUCACCGGUACGGUCGCUAAAGACGCCGGUCCUGGAGUUACAAUUAGCUUCAUCAUUGCAGGAGCAUGUUGUGUACUGAAUGCACUCUGUUAUGCUGAGCUAGCUUCCCGCUUUCCUGCAGUUGUUGGGGGAGCUUACCUAUAUACAUACUCUGCUUUCAACGAGCUUACUGCUUUUCUUGUGUUUGCUCAGUUGAUGGUAGACUAUCAUAUUGGUGCAGCUAGUAUAGCACGUAGCUUAGCGAGCUACGUAGUUUCAUUACUGGAGCUCAUUCCCGUUUUCAAGGAUAACAUCCCUAACUGGUUUGGGCAUGGUCACGAAGUUCUGGGAGCAUUAUCUAUCAAUAUAUUAGCUCCUAUUCUCUUAGUGCUUCUGACAAUAGUUCUUUGUCGGGGUGUUGGAGAGUCAUCAAUAUUGAAUUCAUUCAUGACAAUAACAAAGGUGGUUAUCGUUCUUUUUGUCAUCAUUGUUGGAGCUUUUAAGGUUGAUGUUUCAAACUGGACUCCUUUCGCCCCAAAUGGUGCUAAAGCAAUAUUGACUGGAGCUACAGUUGUCUUCUUUGCAUAUGUAGGAUUUGAUGCAGUCGCCAAUUCAGCGGAAGAAUCAAAGAGACCACAGAGAGACUUACCAGUAGGUAUAAUUGGUAGCCUCCUUAUCUGUAUUGUGCUGUAUAUUGGGGUCUGCUUAGUGAUUACUGGAAUGGUCCCAUACCAGUUCCUUGGGGAAGAUGCUCCUUUGGCUGAAGCUUUCACCUCCAAGGGUUUGAAAUAUGUAUCAGUAUUGAUCAGCGUUGCUGCUGUUGCUGGACUUACUACAACACUUCUAGUUGGUCUCUACGUUCAGUCUCGGUUAUAUCUUGGACUUGGACGGGAUGGUUUACUACCAGCAAUAUUUUCCAAAGUACAUCCAAGACGACACACCCCUGUUCAUUCUCAAGUUUGGGUUGGUACUGUUGCUAUUAUCCUGGCAGGGCUUCUUAAUGUCCGCGUGCUUUCACACAUUCUUUCGGUUGGCUCAUUGACAGGAUAUUCUGUUGUUUCAGCUUGUGUAGUAACUCUUCGCUGGACAGAUAAACCUGCAAGUCAGGUUUCUACCAGGAGGAUUUCUCAAAGGGCUGAAGGCAUCGUUUGCCUCCUUACAAUUGCCUGCUGCGGUUUUGCUGCUGGAGUCUUCUACCGUUUUGGGGCUUCAUUUGUUUUUAUGAUUCUAGCUACUGUUAUUGCAAUCUGUUGUGUUGCAGCUCUUUAUUUACGACAAGUCUAUGCAGAUCCACCAGGUUUUUCUUGUCCAGGAGUUCCAAUCCUUCCAGCCAUUAGCAUUUUCCUCAACAUAUUUUUGUUUGCCCAGUUGCACUAUGAAGCCUGGGUUAGAUUUAUCGUCCUCAGCAUUAUUACAAUUGGUAUUUAUGCCUUUUAUGGCCAGUAUAAUGCUGAUCCUGAUUCUGCAAAUGAAGAAUUUAUUGGUUAUGGUCGUCCAAGUUAG